CCUCUGAAAACUUAUUUCAUCUUCCACAUGGGAAAAACUCAAGAAGUGCAACUUCACUCUAAAACUUAUUUCACCACCAUCAACAUGGGAGAACCUCAACAAGUGCCACUAAGCAAAAAUGGUAAUGCUAGAAGAGGUGAUGAUGCCACCUAGGCGGAACACAGGUGGUAUGGGUAAUGGAAUUUUUGGUGAAGGGUCUAGUUUCUGAGCUGUAUCAAUAUAAUACUUCCCGAAAUAAACAAAAUUAAGGAAUGACACCAACUUUUUUGUUCUUUUCAGCUUUAACUCAUUGAGUAUAGGAGACAAAGUAAUAUUUUUAUAAUUCUUUAUAUGAAUAUAGAAUAAAAACAAAAAUAGUAUUCUCAAACUAAAUUGGGAAACAACAAAGCACAAGCACCUGAUUCAGGUGCCUGAUACUCCUCCACAAAUAAUAAUAAUAAAAGGAGUUUGCAUAUCAAAGGAAAGCUGAACUCUGUUUUCAGAGGAAGUGAGUUCUUUUGAAACAAAUAAGAAAAGCUAAUGGAGCCAAAGAAACAAAUUCAUUGGAGGAGGAUAGUAGUUUUCCCGGUUCAAUGAAUCAAUCAACAAUCAAUAAGAAAAAAAGAUAUUACCGUUGGCUCAGAAUAGCCAUCCAUGCUGCACUUGUGUUGGUGUGUAGUUCAGCUGCAGUACUCCUUGGAAGAUUGUACUAUGAAAAAGGAGGAAAAAGCAAAUGGAUGGGAACACUUGUACAACUUGCAGGUUUCCCUAUUUUGUUGCCUUAUUACUUCUUCUCAGCUUCCAAAAAUCUCUCCACAAAUAGCAUUCAUCAAAAUCAGCCAUCUACUACAAUGUUAGCAUUUAUCUAUGUCUCCAUUGGUGUACUUGUGGCAUUAGAUUGUUAUUUAUAUUCCGUUGGGCUAUGGUCCCUCCCUGUCUCUACCUAUUCACUAAUUUGCUCAUCACAAUUAGCUUUCAAUGCUUUCUUUUCCUACUUCCUCAACUCACUCAAGUUCACACCUUACAUAAUAAACUCACUUGUCCUUCUAACCAUUUCCUCCACCCUCCUUGUGUUUCAAAAUGAUUCAUCAGAUUCCAACCAAGUCUCUAAGAAAAAGUAUGUGAUUGGAUUUAUUUGCACAAUUGGUGCAUCUGCUGGGUAUGGACUAUGGCUUUCCCUUACACAGCUUGUGUUCAAGAAAGUUCUAAAAAGGGAAACAUUCAAAGUGGUCAUGGAUAUGAUAAUAUAUCAGUCCCUUGUAGCUACAUGUGUUACUCUAGUAGGACUCUUUGCUAGUGGAGAGUGGAGUGGUUUGAAGAAUGAAAUGAAGGAAUAUGAGAUGGGUAAGGCUUCAUAUUUGCUGAACCUCACUUUCACAGCCAUACUUUGGCAACUCUUUACUAUUGGUUGUGUUGGACUUAUUUUUGAGGUUUCUUCCCUCUUCUCUAAUGCCAUAAGCGUUUUGGGAGUACCUGUUGUUCCAAUGUUGGCAGUGAUGUUCUUUGAUGACAAAAUGCAUGGUGUUAAGGCUAUGUCUAUGGUACUAGCUAUUUGGGGAUUUGUAUCAUAUGUGUAUCAACAAUACCUUGAUGAUACCAAGUCAGAAAACAGAAACCCUAGUCAUGUUCCGAAAGCUUCUUCUCCUUUAGAAGAAGAGGUUAAUAGAUGACUUUGGUAGACUUUUAAAUCAGCAAUUUGGACGUA